UUUGUAAUAGGACAAUGCCGCCCGGAAUGUCACCCAGCCGAAAUAAAAUAAUUCUGUAUUACAGUAAUAUUGGGACAAGCGAGUAGCGACUAUAGUGGUUGUUGUAGGUGGCGCACCUUUGCAACUAUACGCACAGCUGUAACGUCGAAAAUUGCAGUAAAAAAAAUGUCGUGAAGAGUACCUCGUGACCACCAUCCACCGAAGAUUCGAAGUUUCGUUUUUCCCCGUUUCACCAUUUGCGUUCAACACAAGUUAGUCACACAACUUCAUACACACAGUUACAGGUCUGCAUUACAAAACAGUUGAACAUUGUGCAGAGGGCUUUGAAACAUCUUUUCUCAGAUUAUAGAUAUAUUCUGCUCCAUUUGUGAAUAAAUUACCUAGAAUAAUCGACAACAAAUAUGGGGAGCAAAUUUAAGGGUUUUGAAGGAUGUUUCACCAUGACAAUUAGCACUACUAACUAUGAUGCACUACGACUUUUACGAAAUGCAAAUUAUAGACGUAAACAACUUAAUAUUAAACUUGCAAAAGGAACAAUGACCAAAAUUAAUAUGUUACAACAAAUAGAUGCCGAAUUGCAAAUAUUAGAUGUUUUUCUCAAGAAAAUUGAUAGUAAAAAGGAAGCAAAAGAAUGUUGUGCGAUACUGAAUAAGGUACUUACAGUUUUAACCGAUCGCCUCAACAACACGUGGAUUAAUAUACUUUUACUUUUCACCGUCGAUGAAGUUGAUCCGGAAGUUUUUGAAGUAAUGUCUUGCUGCAAGAACUGCAGAAAUUGUAAUGCAACCGUAGAAAGUAUCGUUAGCAACAUGGAGACAAUUUCAAUUGAAGAAAAUACAAUUUUUAAUCUUUCUUCGUCUGAUUUUAUAAAAAUUCGUCAAACAACAGCGUUUGUAGAUAAAACGUUGAUGAUAAAAGAAGUAUUUUUUCGAAACGAGGAAAUUAAAGGAUUUGUUAUCACGGCUCCCCGCAAGUAUGGGAAAUCAACGAAUCUAACUAUGUUAAGAUAUUUCUUGGAAAUUCAGGUGGACUCUCUUGGAAAACCACUUUCAAAGGCAAGCGCUGAGAAACCAAUUACAAACACAAGUAAUUACAAAUUAUUUAAAGGACUUAAAAUAAGCAAAGAGGUUAACAUAAUGAAGAAGCAUUUUGGAAAACACCCAGUCUUAUAUGCGGAUUUUAAAAUGGAAAAGAAUUUAAAAUCGUACAAUUGUGUUAUUGAAGGACUUAAAAAAAUAAUUCACAAAUCCUUUCGAUUGCAUAAUUAUUUGCAAAAAAGUUCUAAAUUGAGUAUUAAACAGAGAAAAAUAUGUAAAUUAUGGUGCUGUAAAAGUUACAAAAAGCUUAAGGAUGUAGAUGAAACUUCAAUUGGUCUUAGGUUAUUGUGUACAUUUUUAAUAAAGCAUCAUAAUAAGCCAUGUUUUGUUCUUAUAGAUAAUGUUGAUUUUUUUACAAAGACUGAUACAAUAACAGCGACUUUGUUAGAAGAUUAUGAAAUUAUCGUUUUGUUUAUGAGGAAAAUGUUAUUAUUCUUAAAAAACAAUCAAUUAGUUGAUAAAGUAUUUAUGACCGGAAAAACUGAGUAUGCUGUUCAUAUUAUAAUGCCUUCGUGUAUACUAAUACAACCGUUCUAUAAAUUUCAUCAGUUUACUGAUUAUUAUGGAUUAACUGUGAAUGAGUUGGAGUAUCUUUUCAAAAAAUCAGAGUUUAAAGAUGUUUCAACGACAAUAAAAGAAGUAAAAGCUUAUUAUGGUUCAUAUAAUAAAAUUGAUCCAAGUACAAAAAUAAAGAAGGAAAUAUAUUGCACAUGGUCAAUUUUAAGUGUUUUAAAAUUUAAAAAACUUGGCAACUAUUGGAGAGACUUUGGAAAUUUUUUUUGUGGUCUUUCAAAUCCAACUAUUAACAAUACGAUGCAACUAAUACUAACUAAUGAUCAUAAUAUGCUGGCUAUGUUCUACCCUAAUUCAGACAAAAAAUCUCUGCCGAUCAACCCUAUAGUUAUUGCAACAUCCGGAAUCCCUACUAGGAAAUCAUUAGAUUAUUUUUACCAUAUGUUGAUGGACUUAGGUUAUCUGACUACAAGUCCAUCUUCAGUAUUGGUUGAAGCCAUACAUAAUAAUAUAAGCACUUGUAUAGGAUAUGUAGAAGUACCAAAUCAGGAAGUGAGAAAUGAUAUUGUAGAUAAAAUAUCAUUGCUAUCUUAAAAAUUAUACUUAAUUAUUUUAUUUAAUAAUAUAUGUUUGUGUACACUGUACAAUCCUAUUUUAAAUAAUAUUUUUGAUGAUUCCUCUAAGCUGUGUAUCUAUAGCUAAAUAUGAUUAUUUUGUUUUUAUUCUCAACAAAUCCAUUAAAUAUUUUUUAAGCAACCAAUUGUGUAUUAAAAUAAGUUUAAACUACAAAUUUAUAUUUUUAAGGCUUGAAUAGUACAAUUAUUGUUAUAUAUUUAUGUUUAUUUAAUUUUAUAUUACAAAAUGGGCCUUGGUCCAAAGUACAGUACAAAAUAUGUGUAUUCAAAAGACAAAUAUAAGCUCUAAACAUUAUUUAUAUAAUAUUAACAAAAACAAAAAGACGGGUGCUCGUUAGUAGUAAGCAGCAUCCUAAACAUUGGUCUAUUACAAGAAUAAUAGACCAAUGUCUAUAUGUUAUAUUAAUUUUAAUAAUUUUUAUGUGUGUAGCAAAAUUAUUCUUCUUCACAAUUAAAACAUAUAUACAAAUAACCUUUGCCAUUGAAGUUCAUAUAUGCUUUUAAAAUAAAUAUUUUUACAUCAUUAUUGUGUAUCAUGGGCGAGAUAUUAUGUAUAUAUAUA